AUGAGCAAUGCUAAAGCAAUUGAAACUCCUAUGAGUCCAUCAACCAAUCUUGGUAAAGAUGAGAAAGGAAAAUCAGUGGAUGAACCUAAGUAUCGUGGAAUUACUGGAUCUCUGUUUUACCUAACUGCUAGUCGACCAGAUAUCAUGUUCAGUGUGUGUAAAUGUGCCAGUUUCAGAUUUUCUGAUGCUGAUCUUGUAGGUGACAAAGAAGACUGGAAAAGCACUAGUGGAACAUGUCAAUUACUGGGAAAAGAAUUAACCCCAUGGAACAACAAGAAACAAGGAUUAGUGGCCUUGUCCACAACAGAAGCAGAAUACAUUCCCAUUGGACAAUGUUGUGCUCAAUUACUUUGGAUGUCUCACUAA